AUGUUAAUUCCAGAUGACUUGAAAGGUCGAACUGACUUUUCCAUUCCCGAAAAGUCUGCUCUGUCGGCGCCCGUUAUAUUAAGUGUUAAAAAUGGAGAAUGGGUUCAUCAGCGUAUCUUGUUGAUUUAUGGUCGAGUGGAAGUUGAUGAUUUUUCUGUGAAUUAUAAUAUCACUGUAAGCCACCAUAAGAAUAACUUUCCUUCAACCUGUUGGCCUGUUUAUCAUACCCACUUUAAAUGUCUUGUUCAUCUUGACCCAGGUCAAAAUGAUUUACUAUUCACAUUAAAUGCGCCGAACUCUCAUGGACAUGAUCGGCCACUAUUGACUCCACUUCAGAUUAAUUAUGUACCAUUACUGCAGAAUCCUCCAUUACAUUUAGCUAUUCUAUUGAGUAAGGAUUCGAACUUAGUGAUCGAUGCUCCUCUCGAAAAACAGAAGACUCAUGAAAAUGGAUUGGAUGCUGUCAAGGCAAAAUUUCGGUGUGCCGCUUAUUUGUGGCAAGCAUUUACUGCAGAACAAAUGUGUCGUAAUGGUUUCGGAAGAAGAGUAUUUCGAUUGGAUGAAGAUUGGGAACAAGAUACUAUCACUAAUCAAGACAAUUCAUUACGACAAACUGCCAAAAUACAUAUUAUUCGUACAAGCUAUACUCGUGAGGAAUUAUUGGAUCCCGAAAGAGCUCAACAAUAUAAACCACCACCGGGCACCCCUCCAACACAAAAAAAGGAUUUAUUCUCUAUAUUUCUUGACGCACUCGCCGAAUAUGGGAAGCCUUUCGAUAAAGAUUGUCAUGUGGCUGGAUUAAUUCUUGAUACUCAUUAUGAUCCGAAAAUGAAAUUGAUUCGUGGACAUGCUGCAUUGGGUGGUGGUGCUGGGCACGUGAGAUUGGGAAUCUUUGGAAGUCAUACAACACAUGCUUGGCCGAGGUAUCUUGAAGAAGUUGUUAACUGUUUCCAAAAUAAUACAAAAACGGAUGAACGAAUUUUGGCCAAUGAUGUCGGGGAAUCUGGAACAUGGUGGAAGUGUUGCAAUAUUGGUAUAGGAGCUAUGCUUCACGAGGUUGGACACGCUUUGACUUUACCCCAUUCUUUUUCGGGUAUUAUGUCACGCGGAUUCAAUAAUCUUAAUAGAACUUUUACAGUAAAGGAGCCGAAUAAUCCCACUCCUAUCACACCCUCGUUAGAAUAUGGAGCGCAUUGGCAUAGAUGUGAUGUCGUUCGUUUUAGAUUUCAUCCGUGCUUCAGACUUCCGUCCGAUCCAUCUAAACGUCCUGAGCUAAAAAAUUUCGCACCUGAUUUCUGGCCAUUAAAAGAUUCUGUGUUAAUUCGCUGCGGAACUUGUGCUAUUUCAUUAAUCGAGGUACACGUGAAUGAUACGUAUGCGCAUCAUUUUGAAUACGUUGACGGAAAGAAUUCCGGGAGUGUCACAUUAAAUAUCAGUAAGGUGAAAGAACAUAUAAAUUGGCAGGACGGACAAAAAAUUCGUCUUCAUGUGAUUGCUCAAAAUCAAAAUGAAAAUACCAUAGAGCAUUUGGAAUCAUUCCUAAAAGAUCAUCAUAUUCAUUUGUCGACUGGGAUAGCAGCAUUUAAAAGUGGAAAAGUUGGAAAUGGCGGUGGCCAAAAAUUUCAAACACUCUUUCAAAAAUCAAUCACUGCGACUUCUAAUUCUAUCGUUUCAAGAUUAUCGCCUUCAUCUCGACAAAAAUCUUCCAAGAGUCAUUCUGUUUAUUUAACAAAAAUAUGUAUUAAUGCGGGUGCAUUUAUUGAUGGAAUAACAUUUUGUUUCUCGGAUAACACAUCCACGAGACAUGGUGGCCAAGGUGGCUCGACAUUUGAAUUCAAAUUGUUUAAGGGUGAAAAAAUUGCGACGAUAAAAGUGAGAUCUGGCGCGUGGGUUGACGGCUUAGAAAUUUGUCUGGACAAUGGUCGUACUUCUGGAUGGAUUGGCGGUAACGGUGGCUCUUUACAUUUGCUUGAAGUACCAGAUGGUUAUGAUAUUAUUGGAUUAUAUGGGAGUGCUGGUUGGGUGGUGGAUUCUCUCGGGAUCAUCUAUGCAUCCCAGGAGUUCUAA